UCUAAAUAUUUUAAGUACCCGAUAACAACAAACAUAUAGACUAUAUAUUUAAGAAAACCUUAUUUGUCGAAAAUUGCCGGAAUCUAUGUGCCAUUUCGUUGCUUGUAAAGUAUCUCGACCUGAUUGGCCGCCUAAAAAUCAAAAUAGCUAGCUUUUGAUGUUCCGCUUCUACAAGUUGUACUCAUUGUACAUGAACAACAUGGCCAGUGGACCUGCAGGGCAGCGGGAGUGGUGCCUGUGCGAGAAACUGCCGCGGGCGGUGCUCCACAUUCCGGUAAACCAUCGUCAGAUCUGCCAGGUGUGCGGAUUGGCCAGGCGCCCCCAGGCUGGACCCGAUUCCUCCAGCGACAAGGAUGUAGAUCAGGGCACCGAGGAGCAGAAGACGAUUAUCCCUGAGCAAAGCCAAGUGGAGGAGCCCAAAAAAAGCCUAAAGACUCGGGUAAAGGUAGCCAUUAGGGGCAAGAAGCCGAAAGCCAAGAAUUGUUGCCGGACGAACUGCCUCAAGUGUGGUGGCUUGGCCAAAGCAGAAGUUGGCCAGGAAGGUACUGAAGCACCCAAAGAGAUGAAGUGCAAGCGGUACCCGGGGCGUCAUGGCUUGUACUCGAAACCGAAGGGGAUGAUGAGUCGUCGACAGGUGGCCAAAGCACCGCCACCUUCGACGCCGUCAUCAUCUCUUGCGCUAUCGCCAUUGCCUUCAUCACCGCCAUCGCCCACAGCACCACCACCACCAGCUCAUCAAGAACCGGAGUCAGCACGGUCGGAGAUGCCAAGCCUGGUGGCCACGGCCCAUACCGUUUCCAAUCCAAAAAACAACCUGCUACAGAACUACAACAAUCUAUUUGUCAGUAACUUUAUACCCUUACAGAGUCCCAUUACGGAUACUUUUGGAGGAGCUAUCUCCAAGAGGAGCAGGAACAGCAUUCGCCCACGCAUCCACAGGAGUCGCCCAUUGCCACCACUUUCCAAAGUCUUAACCAAUAUCUUGAGCAGCCAAAACUCGAAGGAUGACAGAGAGAUGGGUGGUGGAUUGAGUAGCUGCAACUGUAAGGACUCGCAAUCGACCGAUUCCGAGCUGGCUAGCCAGUUCUGUCCAUUUGAUCAGUAUGAAGGUCCAUCCGAAGAUGCUCUUGUCGUGAAUAGCGCUCGAUAUAUGCUCCAUCGACCGAAAUCACUGCACAUCGAACCACGACAGGAUGUGCACAACAAUCGCAUUGAAUCUUUGAACUUUCAGUUCAACACUACCAAGAACACCCCGAGUCCAAACGCUGACAAUCUAUCGGGCAUCCUAUUCAUGACGCAUUCAGUUCGUAAAAACCUUAAGAAAACCAUUGAUAACAUUGGAAACGAAUGUCAUAUUUCAGGUAAAGCCAGACCAACCAACAGCUCGGACCCCAAACCGGCAGUUACUCAGCAGAGCAAUCGGGAAAUUAAGGCCAAAGAGUCGGAAGACCUCGAGAGAUCUUCCAUUUUAAGCUCAAUCAUGGACAAAGUAUUCAGCUCACAGGAAUCGAAAAGCUCAAACUGCGUGGAUGACAAGAUACCAGAAUUGGAGGAUAUUAAUAAGACGAUCAACGACAUGUUUGUCGAGGACCCUGAACGCGUUUCUUUGAAAAGUAAUGUAUCAAAUGAGCACAGUGUAUUUUCUUCAAAUAAAACAAACCACUACGAAGAUUAUUCCCAGCCCGUUUCAAAAACACUAAGCAUAAGCAAUUCAACCUGGGAACGAAUUUGCGAAACCAAACCCAAAUCGACAUUAUAUAAGUGUGCUCGCUGCGGACAGCAUAAGCAUCGUGAAGAUAUAUUUGCCAAAAUUAAAAUAAAGGAUAGUAAAGUUCCAGGAAAACCCGAUGCGAAUCAAAUCAGGCUGAAUAAAAAGAUAGGAUGCGCAAUAAAGCAAAGGCUAAAUAACUUAAGAUCCUUUUCAGGAGCACAAGAAUGUAAAAAACUCGAACACGAAAGGAAGACACUAGGAGAUCAAGGGGUAAUCCCAGAGCUUUUUAGAGAAAACCGAAGUAUGCAAAAGCGAAAAGCUACGGAUGACAUCGCAAAAGAGGAAAAUAUAAGACGGCAAUCCAUAAGUACAAGCAUUCAAAGGAAGGAGGAUUCUUUGGCAUCACAGACUCCCAUAAAAGAUCAUAGCACUUCAAAUUGUUUAAAUAUACAAGCAAAAAUAGAUAAAAUCCUACGGAGGGAUAACAAUCCAGCCAAAAUAUAUGAUCAACCAAAGAUCACUCUUUCCAAGAUACACCACGAAUGUCUUCAAAAACGACCCAGAAUCGCACUUAAAGAUGUGAAUUUAAACCAAUCUCAAAUACCGGAUAAUAACUUUCAAUUACGUAGACAUAAGGAGCCAUCGUUCAACUGGGGAGUGAUGCAAAUCUGCGAGACUGUAUCUCAUAGGAGUCUAGUAAUCCCCAAAACACUGGUUCCCACUUAUGUUGGUGAGUUGGUGCAUAUCGGUCAAGCCACGAAUUGCUAUAUCAAGGAAAAUAUUCUUCCGGACUAUCCGUCUUCGUCCCUCUUUGAGUUUCGUAUCCCUGACAUUAGUCCCAACGAGCUGCUAUCCUAUCGAAGUUCGGAUGACAUUAGCGGAAGCUGUACUCCAAUACCUCAUACAGCGAGUCCAAAGGAGCAACCUAUAAGCCACAAAAACCCGUGUCUUCCGGUUGAUCCAACCCAGCCAGAAAAAUCGGAAAGUCGAAAGACUAUAUACGAAAAUCUUGAAUUGUCGUUCACCACACAAAAAGCAGAUAGUUUUAACCAUCCCAAUGACAAAUUAACUGAUUAUGAAAACCAAUUGGUAGAUAUGAAUGAGAAAUGCAUAAAUGCUAAUUUUAGUUCCUUAAGUGACAACAAUAUGAGCCAAACAUCAAAUGCAGAUUUAAAAAGUUUAAGAAAGGAAGAGAAUCCAUUAAAAGAAUCCAAUCCAAAGACUGACAUUACGGCAGUUGGUAAUACGUUUGCGAGAUCAAAAGAAAAUAAAGAAAAUUCGAAGGAUACAUUGUACCAGGAAAACCGCAUUACGUUACAAAAGUACAGUCACUCAAAAUUGAGCAAUGCGAUUAGAAAACAAAUCGACAAAUCCUUGCAACAGAAGAUCAAAAAAAUUAUGAGUAAACCGAUAAAGUUGCUAAAAUCAAAUGAUUCAGAUUCAGUUGACAAAUUUGUGGAACCAUUUACAAACAAAUUAAGUGUUUUCGAAGAAUAUAAUGCAAACUCUACACAAGAAAACUUGAAACUUGGACCAAAUGCCAUUUUGAAUAAAGAAACGGAUACAGCUUUUUCAAAUUCCUUCACGGAAUUAAGUUCAAGUCAAAAGCCACUACGUCUUAUAGCCAACCGGUGCUCCUCAAGUGAACCAAAGUGUCUAGCUAAAGAAUCUAAGGUAGAAACUGAUUCUGAUGGAGCAUCGGAACCGAUGAUGACCUGUAGAACCACCGAGUAUGAAGGAUUGCCUCCUCUGAACUGGCAAGUAAUCUCAAUGGGCUCAGCUCAUCCAAAUAAUAUUGUGCAGGAUGAUUCGGAAACAUCUCUGGGAGAAGAGUAUUACUGUCCCAUUCACAUGUGCGGAAGCCUUAUAAAGACGAACACAUUUUCUUCCCAUAUCCUGCAAGAUCAUAGAGUUGGGAAAACCAAAGGUGCUUCACCACAGGAAGAUUACCAUCAAUUAGUGGAAGGUUUACCAAAGCAGUUCUCCUUCGAUGGCGCUCUCCUCACCAAAGGAAACACUUUUGUGGCCCUUCUCUUUUACACCAGCUUAGCGAAGGAAAGCACCCUUAGAUCACAUCGAAUGCGGAAUCAUCCACUGACCAUGCUAGCUGCUCCAAAAAUGGCAAAGGAUGAUACAUUAGCCGGCGUUUUCUUCUGGCUGCUCGGUUGUCCAUCGUGUGCCCAACUUCUUGCCAAGCUCACAGUCUACGAUCCAUUCGAUCAAAUUGGACGGAGUAUGAUCAUAAGACCACGUGAUUUAUCUCAGAACCAAGACCCUCGAGAAUUCGUCGCCAAUUCGAAGGAUCAUUUGCUUAUAACCGUUCCACACAAGCAAAGAACUUUUCAAAUAACUGUGGUCAUAGAUGAGCCGCAAACUUAGUUAUAAAGGAUAUCUAGUUACUUAAAACUAAAAUUUAUAGACGUUGUUAAUUUUCGUUUUUAAUCCCUUUAAAACCACGAGUUUAAUUUUAAAGACAAAUUGUAUGUUGUAUAUUUUUUAAUAAAACGUUCGAGCAAGAACUAAAAAACGCUCA